AAGCAUAUUCUGGAGUCUUUUUGAAAAUGUGAAAUACUUUGCAUGUUCUCAAAUCUCUUUUUACUUCCUCUUUUUCUGUUUGAGUAAUUCUCAUGCACUGGCAUAUGCUGCUUCAUUUGUCCUGUCCUUUUUAUUAUGUUCUUUAUGAAAAUGAUUUGGAAGCAACAAUUCAGGGUAAAAUGCAUUUGAAAAGAGUUCAUCUUCAAGAGACUUCAUCUUAUGAUUGUAAUGUUCUGCAUUGCUUCAUCUCUGAAAAAUGGCGGAUGGCUUCUCUUCUACUUUUGAUCUUUCUGCUCAUGAUUCCGGAUGUUUUUAGUGAAAAAGAUUGGGGUGUGAGAUACAUUCCUUCACACAUCUGUGCACUAAAGAACUCAUCAGUGAUAAUGAACUGCACUUAUACAUACCCUACUGGAUAUAAGAUUGAUAAAGUGUUCUGGACCAAAACAACUGUUAGAAAUGCUGAUAAUGAGUUUCCAGAUCUGUCUGAGGAUCCUGAAUACAGUCAGAGGCUUCAGUAUCUGGGAGACAAACAGCAGAACUGCACCAUCAGACUGAGUCAUGUGACACAGAAGGACCAACACAUGUACUGGUUCAGAUUCAUCACUGUUCAACCUGAUGGAAAAUGGCUUGGUGAACCAGGAGUGACUCUUACUGUCACAGAUCUUCAGGUGGAGGCUCCUGAGAGAGUGACAGAGGGUCAUAAUGUCAGUCUGACAUGUAAAAGCAGCUGCACUCUGACUGACAGAGCAACAUUCAUCUGGUACAGAAACUCACAGCCAUUAACUGAGAGAAGAGACAGAAACAAUCAACUCCUGCUGCAGUCAGUCAGAAGAGAGGAUGCAGGCAGAUACAGCUGUGCUCUACAUGGACACACUUACAUCUCUCCUGCUGCUCAGCUCAAUGUUUCCUAUGCACCAAAGAGCGUCUCAGUGUCCAUCAGUCCAUCUGUAAUAGUGGAGGGAGAUUCAGUGACUCUGAUCUGCAGCAGUGAUUCAAACCCUCCUGCAGAAAUCAGCUGGUUUAAAGUAGGAACGUUUGUAGGAUCUGGAAGAAUCUACAGCAUCUCAAAUAUCAACUCUCAUCACAGUGGAGAAUACAAGUGUAGAUCCAUCAAUAAACAUGGAGAGAAAUCCUCUGAUGCUGUGACUUUAAACGUCAUGUAUCCUCCCAGGAAUGUCUCAGUAUCUAUAAAUGGAUCUGGUGUAAUAUUGGAGGGAGAUUCAGUGACUCUGACCUGCAGCAGUGAUUCAAACCCUCCUGCUCUGAACUUCAGCUGGUUUAAGGAGAAUCAAAGCUCAGCUGUUGGAUCUGGACAGAGUUUCAGUGCACUACAGAGUGGACGCUUCUACUGUGAGGCUCACAAUCAACAUGGAUCUCAGAGAUCAGACGCUGUUACUGUCACUGUACAUGGAAGGAAGUUUCUGUAUGCAGUUGUUGGAGUCACUGUUGGACUGGGAGGUUUCAUUUUCAUUUUCAUCAUUGUGUGGCUCAUGCAGAAAAAACACAGACCUGAUCACAUCACACAAAAGCAGGAUGAUCUUUAUGUCAACAUAUCAGCUCAUGAUGGACCUCUGUCUGAAUCUGAUCCUGCGAAUCAAAACGAUGUCCUCUAUUCUUUAAUUACUCUCAACAAUAUCAGCAGAGAUCAAACUGAAGAAAAAGUGUCUGAUUCCGAAGAUACAGAAGAAAUCCAGUAUGUAACCGUCCUGUACCAUAGAAACAAAGGGAUGAACCAACUGGAAGAGAAUGAAAGCCAGUAUGACAACAUUAGAAAAUACCAGUCUAAUGCUGCCAUGAGAUCUGGUCAGAAGGUGGAGGAUCAGUCUGUGAUUUACAGCACAGUCAAAUGAUCAACAGAUCAGUUUGGCGAAAUUUUUGUUCCUGGAAAAACUGAUUUCCAUGUUGACAUCGCCCUCAUAUGUAGUGGGACUGUGGUACUGCUAUUCUGAUGCUGAAAUUGAAUUUCCUCUUUUUGGCUUUGCUUAAGAGCUGGAUUAUGGCAUGUUGUUGAAAAGAGCAUUUUCUCUCACUAGUCGUUUGAUCCAAAUGUUACUGAAAUCCUAAAUUCUUCAUCCAGUUUGUAUGAAAUUUAGAGAUCCUUCUGAUAAAAAGUUGGUAAAUGCAGAUUAAAUUUUGGCAAUAUAAUGACUGAAUAUGCUAUUUUAAGCUGCGGUAGGGAACUUUUGACGCUCUAGCGGUUAAUAAACAGAACUGCUGGCGUCUUGUGGAAGAACAUCGCAGCCGGAACUACUUCUCUCUGUUUAUGUAUAUGAAGAAUCACAAAGGUACUGGGUUACUCCGCCGUGGUACCCCGAAGCAAUCUAAAAUAGUCUGAAUAUAAACACUUAUUAUAGGUGCACCCUAGUGAUUCAGGACAAGCCAAAAACACAGUUUGGAAAAUGGAUUCAUGGUGUACUCGCUUAUUAUAUACAUUUUUCUACAUUUUGAACACAAACAAAGUUACGGACCACAGCUCUGAUUGGUUAUUUUUUACCGAGAGCGAUGGAGUUUCUGAAAAUGGCAAUAGGAGCACUGGGAGGAGCCAGAGGAGCUUGAUUUUUUUUCACAGAUUAUCUGUCUCAUAUUCUACUGUCAGGACAUAAUGGCAGGUUUAAUAAAUAUGUAAAAAAUAUUUUUUUUUUUUUACAAAAGUUCCCUACAGCACCUUUUACCCUAUUAGGUCUUGGGUGUCCAUUUUCCACCAAUUUGAAACUUCAGGAAAUCCUUUAAAGGGGUCACAUGAUGUUGCUAAAAGAACAUUAUUUUAUGCAUUUGGUGUAAUGAAAUGUGUCUUUGUGGUUUAACCCCUUAAGUGUCACCCCCCUUUUGGGGGGUAGAGCUGAAAAGGGGAUGUCCAUAUUCAAAUUAAUGUAAUUCUGGAAUGGUUUGGAAUAUGAACCUAAUUUUGGGCUCGUUUUUAAAAACACACUUGGAAGUUUCUUGUACACGUGAAAGAAUUUGAAUAAAAUGUAAAACAAAAAAGUUAUAGGUGUUUAAGUUUGUGGUAAUAAAAAAAAAAACAAUUUAAGGUAAAAACAAAACAAAAAAAAACAUUAAUUUCCACAUACUGUACAUUAUUGUUUCUCCUCUAUGCCCCACCUUUCUGAAAUGCAUUGUUUUUUUACAAAACACAUCGUUCUGAAAAGCUAUGUGUGCUCUGAUUGGCCAGCUAUCCAGUGUGUCGGGAUUGGCCGAAUGCCUCAAGUGUUUGAUGGAAAUGUCACGCCCCUUAACAUACUUUGAUGCGUGUCCCUGCUCCACCAGACAAAACCAAUGAAAACCAUUACAAAUGAGGCAUUUGUUGCAUCCAGUGGGGACAUAAUUACUGAUUAUAAUGACUUACAGGUGCUGGUCAUAUAAUUAGAAUAUCAUCAAAAAGUUGAUUUAUUUCACUAAUUUAAUUUAAAAGUUAAACUUGCAUAUUAUAUUUAUUCAUUACACAAAGACUGAUAUAUUUAAAAUGUUUAUUUCUUUUCAUUUUGAUGUUUAUAACUCACAACCAAGGAAAAUACCAAAUUCAGUAUAUCUGAAAAUUAGAAUAUUGUGAAAACGUUCAGUAUUGAAGACACCUGGUGCCACACACUAAUCAGCUAAUUAACUCAAAACACCUGCAGAGGCCUUUAAUUGGUCUCUCAGUCUAGUUCUGUAGGAUACACAAUCAUGGGGUAGACUGCUGACUUGACUGUUGUCCAAAAUACGGCAAUUGACACAUUUUACAAGGAGGGCAAGACACAAAAGGUCAUUGCAAAAGAGGCUGGCUGUUCACAGAGAAGACCACUACACACAGACGUAUGCAAGACAUGGGCUUCAGCUGUCGCAUUCCUUGUGUCAAGCCACUCUUGAACAAUAGACAGCGUCAGAAGCGUCUCGCUUCAAAAAGAAUUGGGCUGGAGCUGAGUGGUCCAAAGUUAUGUGCUCUGAUGAAAGUCAAUUUAGCAUUUCCUUUGGAUAUCAGGGUCCCAGAGUCUGGAGGAAGAGAGGAGAGGCACACAAUCCACGUUGCGUGAGGUCCAGUGUAAAGUUUCCACAGUCACUGAUGGUUUGGGAUGCCAUGUCAUCUGCUGGUGUUGGUCCACUGUGUUUUCUGAGGUCAAAGGUCAUCGCAGCCGUAUACCAGGAAGUUUUAGAGCACUUCAUGCUUCCUGCUGUUGACCAACUUUAUGGAGAUGCAGAUUUAAUUUUCCAACAGGACUUGGCACCUGCACACGGUGCCAAAGCUACCAGUAGCUGGUAGAAAAUCUAUGGGGUAUUGUGAAGAGGAAGAUGCAAAAUGCCAGACCCAACAAUGCAGACGAGCUGAAGUCCACUAUCAGAUCAACCUGGGCUCUCAUAACACCUGAGCAGUGCCACAGACUGAUCGACUCCAUGCCACGCCGCAUUGCUGCAGUAAUUCAGGCAAAAGGAGCACCAACUAAGUAUUGAGUGCUAUACAUGCUCAUACGUUUCAUUUUCAUACUAUUAUUUUGGCCAAGAUUUUAAAAAAUCAUUAAUCAAGUUAUAUUACAAUUUUUGGAGACACUGAAUUUGGGAUUUUCCUUAGUUGUCAGUUAUAAUCAUCAAAAUUAAAAGAAAUAAGCAUCUGAAAUAUAUCAGUCUGUGUGUAAUGAAUGCAAUAUAGCCUACUCUCCCAGGAAACAGUCAUUGUCCUGCACACAUAUGAAUAUUUGGGCUGGACUGUUCUAGAACAGUGCUGAAAUACAACUUAACCACUGAUUUCUAUGUGUGUCCUGUUUUGGAAGUCCAAAAAAAAUAGUUUCACUUUCAC